UCUCGCUGCCCGUAUUUGCACUCUCUACCUCUUUCCUGUGUCGUUGUGCCUCCACCUUCUCCCGCGAAGGCGACAGAGAAACCGAAUCGAUCCAAAUCAAACCAUAAAUCGUCGGAUUCAAAGCCUUUUUCAAGCCUUUUUAGAAUCAAAUCGAUGUCUGAUCUCUCCUCCUUCGAUCUCGUGAACAGUUUCUACAGGAUUUGAAGUAUAAAUAGCUGCGAUCUGAGAUCGAGGAGAGGCGAGAUGGAGCGGACGAUCGGAUCGGAGGAUUCGAGAGCUUGUUUGUGAAUCAAAUCGACCUCAGAUCCGUUGGCGUUCGGCUUUGUGAUCGGUUUCUGCAUGAUUUGAAGUAGGAGCUGCGAUCUGAGAUCGAGAGGGGGUGAGAAUCGGAUUCGAGAGCUUCUGUUCGAAUCAAACCGAUCUCAGAUCCACUCGCCUUCGAUCUCGUGGCCAGUUUCUUCAUGAUUUGAAGAAGAAACUCUGAUCUGAGAUCGAAAAGAGGUGAGAAGGAGAGACAUACAGAUGGGAGAGGCCGAUCUCGGAACGGAGGAGAGAGGAGGAGAAGAAGAAGAGGCGGCGGCGGCGAUGGAGGCGGAGGAGGAGGAGGAGGAGAAAUCUCCGAUGAAGAAGGAUCCGUCGUUCUCGCAGUGGUGCGGCGGCGGCGGCGGCGGCGAGGAGGAGGAGGUUGGGAUCGGGGGGAACUCGGCGGCGGAGAGCGCGGAGGCGCCGCUGAUCCACGGCGAGGGCACGCCGAGAUCCAACUACUUUCGCCAGAGGUCCCUCGCCCACUCCGAGGGAAACGCGAGGGGGAGACGCGUCGUCUCGUUCGAUGUGGAGGGAGGGUUGCAUACGAGCGACUCCAUGGCGAAGCUCGAGUCGCUCGAACACACGGGGCACAGCUCCCUCUCUGCGGCGACGCUUCUCAAGACCUUGUUUUUUAUCUUCGUCUGGUACGCGUUUAGCACGUGCUUGACGCUGUAUAAUAAGACGCUUUUAGGGGAGAAAUUGGGGAAGUUUCCUGCUCCCUUGUUGAUGAAUACCUUCCACUUCACGUUGCAAGCUGUUUUGUCAAAGAUCAUACUAUGCUUCCAGUCUAGAGGGCCUGAUAAUGGCGUAAAAAUGUCAUGGAAAGAUUAUUUCAUUAGAGUGGUACCAACAGCUAUUGGAACUGCAUUAGACAUAAACCUAAGCAAUGCUUCUCUUGUAUUUAUAUCUGUAACAUUUGCGACAAUGUGUAAAUCUGCAUCCCCGAUAUUUCUUCUGUUAUUUGCCUUUGCAUUUAGGUUGGAGAAUCCUAGUUUCAAGCUUCUUGGCAUCAUUAUCAUCAUUUCUCUUGGAGUCCUUCUGACAGUUGCGAAGGAGACAGAAUUCGAGUUCUGGGGAUUUGUUUUUGUUAUGCUUGCCGCUGUUAUGUCAGGUUUCCGAUGGUCAAUGACUCAGAUCCUUUUGCAAAAAGAAGCUUACGGUCUAAAGGAUCCUAUAACCCUGAUGAGUUAUGUUACUCCUAUGAUGGCUGUUGCAACUUUAAUCCUUUCUCUUGCUAUGGAUCCUUGGCAUGAUUUUGAGACAACUGUAUACUUCGAUAGCCCAUGGCAUAUCGUUCGGAGUUGCUUAUUAAUGCUUAUUGGAGGAGCUUUAGCUUUUUUCAUGGUUUUAACAGAAUAUAUUCUUGUUUCAGCAACUAGUGCAGUUACAGUGACAAUAGCCGGUGUCGUUAAGGAAGCUGUCACUAUUCUGGUUGCUGUAUUUUACUUCCAUGACCGAUUUACCUUGUUAAAGGGCCUUGGGCUUCUCACUAUUAUGUUUGGUGUCAGCUUAUUCAACUGGUACAAAUAUCAAAAAUUGAAGAAAGGCCAGCCAAUGGAAAACGAAGAAAUGCUUCCUGUCUUUUCUAAUGGAGCCACAAAAUAUGUUAUCCUUGAUGAACUGGACGAUCAAGAGGAUGAUUCGUGAUUUCACCAAUUUUCAGGAUCCGUUUAUUACCACUUUGGAAUGAUGCCCAUCAAAUCUUCGCAUGUCAUGGUGCGUUCAAAUGGUUCACAUACAUUGGGCCUAGUCCUUUCUCGAGACAUCAUGAUGAAGUAUUAUGGCAUGUAAAUAGCUUCACGACUACCACUUGUCAUUAAAAAAAAAAAAAACAUUCAUACUCUUCCUUGUCGCGCUUCGAGCGCUUCGAGAUCUUGUUUUUCUCCCUCAGAUUUUCGAUACAGUUACAGCAUGCCACAGCAUAAAGCAUCAGUGAGUCCGAGGCAAAGACGAGGACUUACUGAUUCGGCGCCUGCAUAAUAUUGAUGUGAGUGAUUUUGUUUUACUCGUUCGCUAUUCUUUCGAUUAUUUGUUUAUUUCUCAAGCUUCAUUUGUAAUUUUUCUCAAAUUGCUCGAUAUAUAUAGCUUGAUUUAUUGGAGUGCUUAGCUGGAUAUUUGAGGCAGGGGACCUGUAUUUGUCAUCUUGUAGUAUGUAAUGCGAUCGGUGGAAAUCAUAAUUUUCUUUUCUCUUCAUUC